GAAGCCGGAAGCGGAAGUGGCAGCCCGACGGCGGCGGCGGCAGCGCCGAGAAGGGUGGGAAGCAGCGGGGCGAGCGGCGGUCGCUGCAGCCGCCCUCCUCUCGCCCCCGAAGCCGCGGGGAUGAGGCGGGACGUGCGCAUCCUCCUGCUGGGGGAAGCCCAAGUGGGGAAAACAUCCUUGAUCAUGGCUCUGGUGGGUGAGGAGUUCCCUGAGGAGGUUCCUCCUAGGGCCGAAGAGAUCAUAAUCCCUGCAGAUGUCACUCCUGAGAAAGUCCCCACCCACAUUGUAGACUAUUCAGAAGCCGAACAGACGGAAGAAGAGCUGCAAGAAGAGAUUGCCAAGGCAAACGUGGUCUGCAUGGUCUAUGACGUCACAGAGGAGGCCACCAUUGACAAGAUUCGGACAAAAUGGAUUCCAAUGGUGAACGGUGGCAUUGAGCGAUGUGCCAGGAUCCCCAUCAUCCUCGUGGGAAACAAGUCUGACCUGCACACCGGAAGCUCCAUGGAAACCAUCCUGCCCAUUAUGAACCAGUUCUCCGAGAUCGAGACCUGCGUGGAGUGUUCAGCGAAGAAUCUGAAAAACAUUUCUGAGCUUUUCUACUAUGCGCAGAAAGCUGUUCUUCAUCCAACUGCCCCUCUUUAUGAUCCAGAGGAGAAACAGUUAAGGCCAGCAUGUGCGCAAGCGCUCACUCGGAUUUUCAACAUGUCUGAUCAAGACAACAACCAGAUCCUAAGUGAUGAAGAACUGAACUAUUUCCAGAAGUCCUGUUUUGGAAACCCGUUGGCUCCUCAAGCUCUGGAAGAUGUAAAAAUGGUGGUGUGGAAGAACACAACAGAUGGUGUCCAGGACAAUGGCCUUACACUCAAUGGCUUUCUUUUCCUCAACACCCUCUUCAUCCAGAGAGGCCGUCACGAGACUACAUGGACCAUUCUCCGCCGCUUUGGCUAUGACGAUGCCCUGGAGCUGACUGAUGACUAUCUCUGCCCAGUGAUCCGAGUACCUCAGGACUGCUCCACAGAGCUCAACCACUUUGGUUACCAGUUCCUCCAACGGAUGUUUGAGAAACAUGACAAGGACCGUGACGGCGCCCUCUCGCCCGGCGAGCUGCAGAACUUCUUUGGUGUGUUCCCCUAUAUCCCCUGGGGAUCUGAGCUCUACCACACGGUAUGCACCACAGAUAAAGGCCUGCUUUCCCUGCAUGGAUUCCUCUGCCAGUGGACGCUGGUUGCCUACCUGGACGUCCAUCGCUGCUUAGAACACUUGGGCUACCUGGGGUACCCCAUCUUCUCUCAGCAGGACUCCCAGAUUUACGCCAUCACAGUCACCCGGGAAAAAAAGGUGGACUUGGAGAAAGGCCAGACCCACCGGAACGUCUUCCUCUGCAAAGUGAUCGGGUCACGAGGGGCCGGCAAGUCGGCUUUCCUGCAGGCCUUUCUAGGCAAGGAUGUGGGGGUCCAGAGUGAAUCCAAGGAAAACAGAUCGCCCUAUUCAAUUAAUACGGUGCUGGUCAAUGGACAGGAAAAGCAUUUAAUUCUGCAGGAGAUUGAGGCGGACGGGGAAUUUGCUAAGACCUCUGACACAGCUUGUGAUGUUGCCUGCUUCUUGUACGACGUGGCAGACCACAAGUCUUUUAAUUACUGUGCUAAUAUUUAUAAGCAACACUACAUGGACAGCCAGAUUCCUUGUCUCUUUGUGGGCUCCAAAACUGAUUUGCCAGAAACAUCCCCUCCGCACGGCCUCUCCCCAGCCGAGUUCUGCUACAAACAUCGCUUGCCUCCCCCGUUUUGUUUCUCCUGCGUCAGCCAGGAACUUCUUACCACCACAGUCUACACCAAACUAGCCACGGCUGCCACGUUUCCGCAUCUGAACGACAUCGAGUUGGGUGCUUCGUCCUUCUGGAUCCGGAUUGCCUUGGGAGCUGCAGUAGCCACCAUUGUGGGAAUCAGUCUCUACAAAGCAGUGAUGAAGAACAAGUAGAGGGCGGCGAGGACACGGGACUCUCUCUUUGUGUUCCUCUCUGCUCUAGGUUGUAUUUUUUUUUUCCACCCAUGUCCAAGAAACCAACUUCAUUUGCCCCGAGCACGUUGCAAGACCCGGAAGAAGUGUGCCAGGGGAAGACAGAGGCCAUCUGAAGGACAUUCCACCCCCUUGGCUUCUGCCGGUGGGGUGGGUGAGUGUUGCAGACGGGGCUGGACGACCACCGUUGCACCAGCAUCAGCAGAAACCAUCACCGUCAGCUAGCCGGCAUGGGCAAGACUUGCAUUUUUCUCACUCAGGGAAUGUCCCCAGUCCUGCAAGCCAUAGCAUGAGAGAUCUUCUGGGCCGUUCAGCUCCUACAAAUUAUCUUAGCUUCCCCCAGUUUUUUUUUUGUGUUUUUUUUUUUAAAAAAAAACCCUUUUGGCUGUUCGUCAGAAGCUGAAGCUCCUGCAGUCUGGUAAAUGUUUUUAAAUAGACGUGUCUUGGGGAGAGCUGAGGCUGUUGGCCCUCUGCAGUGUCUCUGGAUCUUCUACUUCAUCUUCUUGCUUGGAACGAUGCCUUUGAGCUCCUGUGGGGGGGAAACUACGAAGCUUUCUGGGACUUUCUGAACCCUUUUUCUAAAAUGGGAUGUCGCCCAGGUCCUCUUCUUGGGGGCGGAUCACACACAGAAGAAAGGAAUCUCCACGGAUAUGGAAGGAUGGAGAACUAUGAUUGACCUUCUCUCUGGAUAACAAACAUUAAUCUUAUUGCACACCCAUGGUAAGGCACCUGUGUGUUUUCUGGGGCAGCUUGGAAGCUUCUUUCUGUCACUUCACACUCACUAUUCAGGAUUUGGGGAGUCGUGGGAGGUUGUCUGCUCCAGCAACUGGGGAGCCAGUUGAGGAAGCAACUUGGACCUGUCCCCCUUACCACAAGUAUUCUUGGAUCCUUAUAGGAACACCCCCUCUUCGUGUAUUCAGCAAUGCAGCACGUGGAAAAGUAAUACGUGAUGGGGUGUUUUUUACCUGCCACUUCUUCCCCAUGCUCCAGGAUUCUUCCUGUAUCUUAAAUUCUUGCUUGGAGAUAGGAGGGGAGUAGUAUCAAUGAGGCCCCCUCUGAUGAUGGAUCUCUGCCACGGUGGUCUAGCAGGUUAGGGCUCCUUCUCAGAGCCAUCUUCCAAACUUUUUAACUUUGCCUUUGGCUCCAAAACUGAGCUGGAUAAAUACGUUCACAAUUCAAAGGGGGGAAAAGCCCCCAGGUUUUACGCCGUCCCAUAAACAUCUCAGAAAGGACUUAUAAAAGAGAAGAAUGAUUUGUCUUGUUUUUUAACUUUGCAAUUCUUGCACACUUCAACAAUUGGUUCUUUUUUUUCUUCUGAAUCCCUUCUCUGCGCCUGCAACUUGGAGCUUCCCAUUCUCAGCCAGACCGUUGUUGGUUUUAAGAUGGCAGCCUUCUGUUGCUUUGAUGGAGCUCUGUUAAAAGUCCAGGUUACCCCACGGGCCAGAAAUGCAGGGGGCCACUAUGCAGCAGACCACAUGUGGGGAAGCAGGAGGCAGCCACCUCCACGGUCGUGACCUCUGCCACCAAGUCUGUGAACUGAAAUACAUCAAAAACUCUGCAACUCGGUUGCAUCUCUUAUAACCCCUAGGCUAACGUUCGCUUUUCCUUGUAAGGUGGUUUUAAGGUAGGUUAAUUUACUUAAGAGAAGCUCCGCUAUUGGUCUUAAUGCCAAGGAAAUAACUCCGUCAGUGUUCUGCUCCCGUUCUUGACCUCAUGUUUUUCUACAUAACUUUAAACAAGUAUCGUCCCCACACUGUUUUUAGAUCCUCACCUUUCCCCUUUCUACAGGGAUCAUUAAUUCAGGCAGUUGUAUAAAGGGCUUUGGGUAAGACGCAGUCAAAAUAGGCUUUGGGAACUCUUGUUUGCAUUUAUUGUCCUUUUUUUUAAAAGAAAAAAACUGCUUUUCAUGUUGCCAGCAGCUGGCAAGUCUAAACCAGGGGUGUCCAACCUUGGCCAGUUAAAAAAAACCUGUGGCCUUUUAACUCCCAGAAUUCCCCAGCCAGCCAUGCUGGCUGGGGAAUUCUGGGAAUUGAAGUCCACAAAGUCUUCAACUGGCGAAGAUUGGACGCCUCUGGUCUAAACCAUUGUUCACCAGUACGUUGUGUAAUCAAUGGAGAAAAAAAUCGGGGAAACAGAACUGGAGGCGCCCGUGGGCACCCUAUCUGGAUGGUUACUAGCCUUGAAUCUUGCUUUUGAAAAAGACCUGAUCUUUUUAAAAGGAUCUAAUCUGGAUCUUUCAUGCUGAUGAGCAGAAAGAGAACCAGAUAGGGACCAUGAAACAAGGUGUGGAAUAUUCAUGGUAAAUACCGGUAGCGGGGGGGGCACUGCUCCACCUGGAAAGGAAGCACAUUAGGAGAAACUUAGAGCGACUUUUGCAGAGCGUUUAAAAAAAAAAUGGGGUUUCCUCAAAUAUUUACUUCUUGCACUAGAAAGUGGCCUGGACUAGGCCCAGCUUUAUGACCUUUGCCCCCGGGACCUCAACUCUUAACACAGGGCCAGUUUCAAAAGAAAUGGUCCUUAACCCUCGCUGAUCUGAGUGGCAUAGUCCAGUCGUACUGCAUGUGGACUCUUUUUUAAUCCCUUUGGGAUUCCCUGGAGAUUUCCAGAUUUCCCUUUGUACCCAGAGAUGAACUCAAGGUCAAUUUUAAUAUUUUCGUCUUCUUCUCCUCCUCCUUCUCCAUCACCACUCCCACUGCAUUUGUGGAUUCACUACCUGGAGUAAAUUCUCAGCAGACAUCUUUGCAGGGAAAGCCUCUUCACCGAGCAAUGGGGUGGUUCUCCCCCAAGGGGGUCCCCUUAGGCUACAUCUCCGUUUAGUCGCUGCUGUGAACCUGAAUAAAUUUUUAUGCACCAGAUGGUUGCAGACAAAA